GCGCCAUUUCUUAUCUCUGCUCACGGCCGACUCCGCCAGGUUCCGUUCAACGAACAAAGUCCUAUGUGCUGAUUUAGUUGCUAACCAUGGACAAAACCGACGCGGUCAGUCAAACAAACCCACGGUUUCCCACAGAGAUUCUUCCAGAAUCAACUCCUCCCGGGAUGUCUAGCCAAGGCGGCCAGGACCUCGUUGCAGCACAGCCUCUGGAAGAGAAUGAAGAGGAUGACGAUGACUCGGCGCUAGGUCAAGACUUUGCAAGCUCGACUGCUUCCCUCACCUCAAGCAUUCUCGAAUACCGAAAGUUUCAGGGUCGGACCUUCAAUAGUGACAAGUACGAGAUUGAAUAUUUCGCACCAAAUGAUGAGAGGCAAAAGGAAUCGAUUGACAUCUCUCAUCACUACCUCAUGUUACUUCUCGAUGGCAAGCUUUCGCUCGCCCCUUCGCCUGAGGAUUUUGAAAAGGUACUUGACAUAGGAACCGGGACCGGUAUAUGGGCAAUCGACUUUGCCGACCAAUAUCCUAACGCCGAGGUCGUUGGAACAGAUCUUUCCCCAAUCCAACCCGAUUGGGUACCACCAAAUGUCCGAUUUGAACUCGAGGACGCAACUAGUAACUGGACUUGGUCCAACGACACCUUUGACUUUGUUCAUAUGCGCUACUUGAUCGGCGCUAUUGCUGAUUGGGGUGCGUUAUUUAAAGAUGCGUUCCGCUGUUGCAAACCUGGAGGUUUCGUCGAAUCUGUUGAGGUCAAUCCAACCUUUUUCAGUGACGAUGGAACAGCCAGCGAUGUGACGGCAGUGCAGACAUGGAAUAAGCUUUUCAGAGAGGCGAGUAAAGCGUUUGGUCGUAGCUUUUGCGAGAUUGAAGGGGACGCAGAGCUUCUGGCUGCAGCUGGAUUUGUAGACCUGCAAGUUACGGACUUUAAGGUCCCUGUCGGCGGAUGGGCGAAGGACUCCAAGUUACGUCAAGUCGGCGAGUUUCUUCGCGCAACGAUGGAGAACGAUCUUGAAGGAUAUACGCUCCUAGCUUGGCAACAAAUUUUAGGGUGGCCGAAAGAUGAAUAUCAGUUAUUUCUAAUGGACAUGCGAAAGGCACUGAGAGAUAAGAAAGUGCAUAGUUACAUACGCGUGCGCUUUCUUAACGCACACAAGCCAUGAGAUGCGAGGUAGGUAGGAACUUGGGAAAGAAAGACAAUAAUAAGCUUCAGGCGUUGGAACACCACGGAUAGUUGUAAAGAAUCUAAGUUAGGAUGAGAUAAGCUACUCCCUUACUAACGUUAGUAGGCACAUAGGCUGUUGGCAAGUGUAUGUCAAACUCAUUGGAAACAAGCCGUUGCAACAUUGCUUGCUCUAUUUCAACAAGAUCUUCCGCAUUGUAAUCCCCGAUGCAAGAAAAGUGGUAGGUCACAAUCAUGACUGCUUUUGAAAUAUAAUUCACAGU